AUGUCAUUAACAGAAUCGACGCCUGAGGCGGCGGCCAGGGCGGCCUCACUUUCAGCGCGAGGCCUCGCAGUUCUCCCAGUCUCGGCUCGGAACGAUGCUCUCACAGCCAUGCAUGACGCCCUGAUGGCCAACAAAGAAGCAAUCCUUGCAGCCAACGCUCGGGAUAUGGCCCUUGCGACAUCUGCCUCCGAGUCCGGCCAACUGAGCCAGAGCGUGCUGAAACGUCUCGAUCUCUCCCGCCCGGGCAAGUACCAAGACAUGCUGUCCGGCAUUCUCGAUGUACGGCGGCUGGAAGACCCAAUAGGCAAAGUUGACCUGCGCACGAAACUCGACGAUGGACUCGAGCUCGAACGGGUAUCGUGUCCGAUCGGAGUGCUGCUGAUCAUCUUCGAGGCGAGACCCGAGGUUAUCGCCAAUAUUGCGGCGCUGGCAAUCAAGUCUGGCAACGCAGCUAUCUUAAAAGGCGGAAAGGAGAGCACGAAUUCCUUCGAGGCCAUCGCCAACGUCAUUGGAGCUGCGCUAGAUGUUACGCAGGUGCCCAACUCAGCUAUCCAGUUGGUCAAGACGAGAGAUGUCAUUGACCAGCUACUGGACCUAGACAGGUAUAUUGACCUCGUCAUCCCACGUGGUGGAAAUGAAUUGGUCCGAUAUGUCAAGGACCACACAAAGAUUCCGGUAUUGGGUCAUGCGGAUGGGCUGUGCAGUGUUUACUUGCAUGCAGAUGCCGACAAGGACAUAGCUGUGAAAGUCGUGGUGGACUCAAAGUGUGACUACCCUGCAGCGUGUAACGCCGCCGAGACGUUGCUGGUGCAUGAAAGCGUGUUGACGACGGUGCUCCCGGCCGUGGCGACAGCAUUGUUUGCAAAAGGCGUAUCACUGCGGUGUGAUGAGAAAGCCAAAGCCGCCUUGAAGAAGGCAUUGCCGCCUACAUCGGCAGCUUUGGUACAGGAUUCGACCGAAGAAGAUUACAACACCGAGUUUCUCGACUUGAUCAUGGCAGUCAAAACUGUGCCUGCUGUAUCACACACGAAUGGUGACACACCGGCGAGCCAGACUUUAGGAGAAGAUGCGUCUCUUGAUCUGGCAAUUGCCCACAUCAACAGUCACGGCUCCAAACAUACAGAUUGCAUCGUGACAUCCUCUUCGGAGGCAGCCGAGAAGUUCAUGUCCUCGGUAGAUGCGGCUGGCGUGUAUUGGAAUGCGUCGACACGUUUUGCAGAUGGAAUGCGGUACGGCUUUGGCACAGAGGUCGGCAUCAGCACGAACAAGAUCCACUCUCGGGGUCCUGUAGGUCUGGAAGGCCUUACGAUCUACAAGUACAAGAUCAGGGGCCACGGUCAAACGGCUGGAGAGUACGGUGAUGGUGUGGGUAAAAGAAAGUACAAGCAUGAGAAACUAGACGUUUGA